CCAGGCGAUGUUAUUCUCUUGCUAGAGUAAACUAUCGUUUGUAUUUAACAAGUAAAUACCGUGUGUUAAGUAGCCCUUGGAGCUCUGUCGGCCAACUUCCCCUAUCAUUGUACAUGAUUUUCUUCUGAAAGAUAACUCUUUUCAAACGGGCCAUAAUGGGUGAUCAGACAACAAAUAACGGGCUCUAUAGAGGCAAUGGCAAUAAACCUCACCGUAUCGAUUCUAACAGUUUGACCACCAUGCGCAAGUCAUCAGCAUCAUCCUCCGGGAUUCCAUCCGAGGAGAAGCCUGAGAGUCUUCCAAAGGCUGACCGUGAAGGCGUCUCGUCUGUCUUUGCCCAAUUCGGACAGCUUCUCUACGCUUCACAACGACCUUUGCCUACCCAGAAUGGCGAUGGUACUUACAGCACAACAGUCCAAAAGACUGGAUUGAAGAAGGACUUGAAAUAUCUCGGGUUCAAAGACGUAAAGACGGUUCUAGACCUAGCCCGGAGCAAACUUAAAGGGGAACAACUGGUGGAUGACAAGACGAUGAUAAUGGAGCGCGUCAUCCAACUUGUUGCCGGACUACCUCGUAAUUCACGACUCAGGGAAGAGCUGACCAAUACCUUCUUGAACGAACUCUGGUAUACACUGGACCACCCACCUCUGUUAUAUAUGGGAGAGAAGCACGAAUAUAGAAUGGCGGAUGGAUCAUGGAACAACCCGAUCAAUCCCCAGCUCGGAGCGGCCGGUUCGACAUACGCGAGGAGUUGUCGCCCAGGCAUUGUGCCCCUUGGGGCUAUGCCAGACCCCGGACUUAUCUUUGACUCUAUCAUGAAGAGGACCGAAUACCGCAAGCACCCGAACAAUGUCUCUUCGGUACUUUGGUAUUGGGCAACAAUUAUUAUCCAUGAUCUCUUCUGGACAGAUCAUACCGACAUGAGCAAGACCAAGACUUCCUCGUACUUGGAUCUUUCUCCUCUUUAUGGAAGUAACCAGGCCAUGCAGGAUUCCGUACGAACUUUCAAGGAUGGAAUGAUGAAACCCGAUACAUACGCGGAUAAGAGGCUUUUGGGAUCGCCUCCCGGAGUUAGUGUCAUUCUUAUCAUGUUCAACCGUUUCCAUAACCAUGUAGCAGCAAACCUGGCUGCGAUCAACGAGGGUGGCCGCUUCACACCCCCACGUGAGGGGCUCAGCGAGGAGAAAGCGGCUGCCGCAUGGAAGAAGCACGACAAUGACCUUUUCCAAACAGCUCGACUGGUUACCUCUGGGUUGUAUAUCAACAUCACAUUGAUUGACUACGUGAGAAAUAUUGUCAAUCUUAAUAGGAGUAAUACUACCUGGACUCUCGAUCCUCGCGCAGAGAUGGGCCGUGAUGCCGGCACCAACUCCGGGUCCGAGCGCGGUACUGGUAGUAUGGUCUCAGCUGAAUUCAAUCUUUGCUACAGGUGGCACUCGUGUAUCUCGGACAAGGACGACCGAUGGGUUCAGAGCUUCUUCCGUGAGCUAUUCGACAAGGAUCCAUCAGAACUAAGUCACCAGGACUUAGUCAUGGGCUUUGCUAAAUUCGAACGUGGAAUUCCAAAUGAGCCGACGGAGAGAGUGUUCGGCGGCUUCGAGCGAAAUGCAGAUGGUAAAUUCGACGAUGAUGAUCUUGUCGGGUGUAUCAGCGACGCCAUUGAAGACUGUGCGGGGGCAUUCGGUGGCCGCAACGUGCCGCAGUCGAUGAAGCCUGUAGAAAUCCUUGGCAUACUUCAAGGCCGAAAGUGGAACGUUGCUGGCCUCAAUGAGUUCCGCAAGCACUUCGGCCUGAAACCAUAUGAAAAGUUUGAAGAUAUCAAUUCCGACCCAGAAAUUGCUGACUCUCUUCGCCAUUUAUACGAGCAUCCCGAUUUUGUCGAGCUAUAUCCGGGACUCGUAGCUGAGGAGGCGAAGGAACCAAUGAUUCCCGGAGUGGGAAUUGCCCCUACUUAUACCAUCUCUCGUGUCAUUCUCUCCGAUGCCGUCUGCUUAACUCGGGGAGACCGCUUUUACACUAAUGAUUAUCACCCUCGUGGACUCACUUCUUGGGGUUUUAACGAAGUGGCGUAUGACCUAAACACGAACCAAGGCUGCGUGUUCUACAAGCUGUUCCUCAGAGCUUUUCCGAACCACUUCAGGGGAGAUUCAGUCUAUGCCCACUACCCCAUGGUCGUUCCGAGUGAAACCAAGAUGAUAUUGACUAAUCUGGGUCGUGCUCAACACUUCAACUAUGACCGACCUUCAUUCAUUCCAUCCCCUGUCAUCGUCACGGCAUAUAGCGGGGCACAACACAUACAUGAGAAUCAAGAUAAGUAUAGAACCAUGGGGGAUGAAGGGCUUUCGUUCCUUACGGGCCGUGAUGAAAGCCACUUACUUUCAGCAAACUCGCCCUUUGGUUUCAGUCCGAAAGAACCUACGCAUGAUCAGCUGUGCAAAGGGGAUUGGAAUUCUCAUGUGAAGACAUUUUACGCUCAGACCACGGACCGCCUCAUAAAAGAGAAAACUUACAAGCUGGCUGGACAGAGCUUCAUUGAUGUUGUUCGAGACGUCGGAAAUAUCAGCCCCGUCCACUUUGCUUCACGCGUAUUUAACCUGCCGCUUAAGACGAAGGGGAACCCGAAAGGCAUCUAUACGGAGCACGAGCUAUACAUGGCGCUCGCUGUGGUUUUCAUUUCUAUUUUCUCCGACAUUGACCCUAUGAAGUCGUUCCCUAUGCGACAUGCCGCAAAGGCUAUGGCUGGCCAGUUAAGUAAAUUGAUCGAGGCUAACGUGAAAUCGGCGACUGGACUGGGAAUCGGCAGCUUAUUUGUCGGGCGCCCAAGCAAAAAUGAUUCAUUGGCAUUGUACGGCAGCAAUUUGAUCAAGGAACUGUCGAAAGCUGGUAUGAACAAUUAUGACAUUACAUGGAAACAGAUUCUGCCAGCAGCGGCAGCAUCCGUACCAAGCAUCGCAGAAGUGUUCAGUCAAGCUGUGGACUACUAUCUGUCUGAGGAUGGAUCCAACCAUAUUACUGAGAUUUACCAAGUCGCCAAUCUCCCAUCUUCAAGUGAAACCGAUGCAUUGCUGCUUGGAUAUUGCAUGGAGGGCAUGCGGCUUUCAGGAACGUUUGGCUCAUAUCGCCGAGCAAUGGCCGGGGACACUAUCAUGGGUGACGACGGUAGCGAGGUAUCUAUUCGUAAUGGCGACCGCGUUUUCAUCAGUUCUGUUGCCGCAGCUAAAGAUGCCGAGCAUUUCCCUGAUCCUGAUAAAGUGAACCCGCGCCGCCCGCUCGACGCCUACAUUCAUUUCGGGCUUGGACCACACGUCCAUUUCGGGCGCGAUGCAGGCCAAGCAGGGCUAACUGAGAUGUUCCGAUCUGUAUUUAAGUUGAAGAAUGUGCGGAGAGCGCCCGGGGCCCAAGGUGAGCUCAAGAAGGUCUUACAACCUGGAGGUCUCUGUAUGUAUAUGAGAGAGGAUAGGGGGGCUUACUUUCCGUUCCCCUGCACGAUGAAGAUAUGCUACGAUGAUUAGGUUAGGUACCUAGGUUAAGAGGAUAUGCGUGCGUGCGCAGAGAGGUAUAUAGGUGAGGAGCGUGGUCUUUAUUAAGAAUUAGUUAGUUACACUGAGGAGAAGCUCUUUUAUAUUUCGCGUUUUCAUAGCUACCUACCUGCCUAGGUACCCUAACGUUUUAUCCUGAAAGCACCUCGUUAAAGAAACCAACCUCUUAUAACCGGUCUUUCUUUUCUAUAACCCUCUUUUUUCUUCUUUUUUCUAAGGACGUGGUACAAUUCAUUUUGACCUAGUUGAGCUCUCUCGUGUUUGCUAUUACUUAACAAGUAGUUCCGUAGUGCUCCUGAUCGAGACCGAAAAAAACUCCCCCGUGUCUUUGCUUACGAGCCGAAUGGGGAAUACCGAGCUUCAUAGCUUCUGACCUAUUAAAGCAAGGCAGAGAAUAACGAAUAAUCAGUGACAGCGUGGGACGACAUAUCCACGGACGACCAGCCAUGUG